UCGACCUGUGGUGGCAAUUGCGAACUUGCUGCACCCUGACAAGUCGCCGUGACUUCUUUUAAGAUGCAUGAUUCGCUGUAUUGACGCAUUUUAUUUCCAGCUGAACUCUCAUUUGUCCACACUGGCCAGUAUCCACAAGAUCUACCACACCCUGCACAGGCUGAACCUGACUGAAGACGUCAGCCCAGAGACUCACGGUACAGCCUGCUGCUCCAGAGCCAUGCCCCCCAGGAAAAAGAGGAGACCCACUGCUGGAGAUGACCUGUCUGCUAAGAAGAGCCGGCAGGAUAAUGUUUACAGAAAACAGGAGACAUUGCAAAUCCAGGAAGCCGAAGCCUUUUCUAGCAAGAGAUGUCUAGAAUGGUUCUACGAAUAUGCAGUAGGGUGCGAUGACGUUGUUGGACCAGAGGGGAUGGAGAAAUUCUGUGAAGACAUUGGAGUGGAGCCAGAGAAUGUAGUGAUGCUGGUAUUGGCCUGGAAGCUUGAUGCCCAGAGUAUGGGUUACUUCACUUUACAGGAGUGGCUCAAGGGAAUGGGCUCAUUGCAAUGUGACUCUACUGAAAAACUCAGGAACUCUCUAGACUACCUGAGGUCUGUCCUCAAUGAUGCCACCAGUUUCAAGCUCAUUUACCGAUAUGCCUUCGACUUUGCCAGGGAGAAGGAUCAGAGGAGUUUAGACUUGAAUACCGCCAAGUGCAUGCUGGGACUUCUGCUUGGGAAGACCUGGCCAUUGUUUCCAGUGUUUAACCAGUUUCUAGAACAAUCUAAGUAUAAGGUUAUAAAUAAAGAUCAAUGGUGCAAUGUUCUAGAAUUCAGUAGGACUAUCAACCUUGAUCUCAGUAACUAUGAUGAGGACGGGGCCUGGCCAGUGCUUUUGGAUGAGUUUGUGGAGUGGUAUAAAGACCGAGAGAUGUCGUAGCGACAACUUCCCCAUGCCUACCACCAUCACCAACUAGAUAGACCAACUAAUCGCCAACAAUCACCAUGACAAUGACGACAGAAACGGCUUUGAUACAAACAUCUAGAAAACAAAGUACAAAUCAAAACUGAAGUGUUUGGGACAGACUGAUGGUGGCCCCUGGCGCUGAGGGCUUGAGUGUGUGAGUGUUUGCAUAGAAUGUAAUUAUCAAUGCACAUGUUUGUAUGUCGCCCUUUUUGCCGGGGCCAUAGGAGGGUCACUGGUGGUUGUGUGUUGGAGAAACAGCACCUCACCGACUCCACCUAAUGUCCCCCAUAGCCCACAAUGCAUUGUGGGUAAGCACACGGCCAGUCUUGGUGCUGCCUUCCCACCCCACUGUGAUGUUUCAUAUUGCUGUGAAUGUUUCAAUAGGCUCUUAUAAGGAGGAUGAAUUUGGAUUCUCCACAAGGCAGGAUAGGUAAAAAUUCCCAUACUGUCUGAAGUUUAGGUAAUUUAGGCCUGGAAGUAAAGGAAAAAGAAGAACCUGCUUGGCUUUUUACUGAAGGUCAGUGACUUAUUACUAAGGUUCAAAAUGGAAAUCGCUUACAGUGUUGCUCUGCUGAUGGUGGUCCAAACACUUUACUACGGUUUUUAUGUUGGAGGAUGCUGACAGUCAGAGCAUGUUACCAUAGAUACACAGCGACCUUUGCCAUAAGUUUUAUUUUUACCAGUCUCGCUGCACUUGGAUGCCAUUUAAUAAAGCGCACCACAUGCAAGUGUCAUAGACAUUGUGCUGUAAGUACUUCCAGUGGUGUUGUAUCAGUAUACCUUUCACCACUUACAUUCUUGAUAUUGAUUAUGAGAUCAACAAGAACAGCUUUACUGUUCACAACAUGAAGAACAGUGGGUUAUACUUAUCAUGAGCGUAGAGUCAGGAAACUUUUUCUUGGCUCGCAUGACCAUUGUGUAUUCGCACUGCAAUGGCAAGAUAUGGCCAUCUUGUAGAGGAGUGUAAGGUUAAAGUGACUGUGGAAUGCAUUCACUAUAUCAUUUGAUUCCUUUGCAGUGUAACUAUACUGUGCAUGUCACGGUUAAAAUGACAGGACGUGGAUCUAAGGGAGAGACGACGAGAGAAAGCUGUUAAAGUGCACUUUUUUGAUUUCUGUGAUGAAUUGCCACAAAAAUAUAAAAACCGGUAUCCUGCCCUAAACACUGACACUCCUUUGGCCACAUCCUCUUCCACAGAUCUUGUGGUAAAAUGCGAUCACCUUAACCCAUAGUGACCAAUGCCUAGCAACUAUUUAACAUUCUAGUUAUGUUUGUAAAACUGUUGAGUUUUGUCUAUGGCUGUGGCAUGAAGCUAACUUGUCAUCUGAACAAGAAAAAAAAUGCAUGCAUGCAUUCUGCAAUUAGAGCCGUCUUUGUGAAUGAAUGAGGUUUUUUCUUUUUGUACUUUUUUUUGCUCUUGUUUCUUUUUUUUGUACAGGUAUUUGUAGAAGUGGACUUUUUUUUGUGCUUAAUUUGGGUAUCCGCGGUCAUGCAGUCUUAACGCUUUAUGAAAAACAUGAUUGUGUGAUGGUAUCUAGAGCUUAAACACACUUGUAACCUCAUCUGUUGAGAUGUUCUUCUCUGCAUUGCCUUCUCCACCAUCUCCAAGUGCUAAACUACCAUGUACAUAAUUGACUGCAGCAUUUCAGUAUACAGUAUCUGCAGUUCCAUGUAAACAUAUUAAUUUUAUGUUCAUGUCAUACAGAGACAGACAAAAUCAUUAACUUUAUUGAAGCUUAGGGUAACAAUUUCUUUUCUGGUUACAAGAUAUUUUUGUUUUAUUUUAUAAUUUUCUGAAAGAUGAAGGUUGCUCAUCAUAAAUUAUUUAUCAAGUAUUCACCCAGCAUCUAAGAAGCCAACAGUCUAUGUAUGCUGCGCAUGCUCGCCAGAAUCCAUUUGAAAAAUGUCUACAGACACUUGUUAUAAUCCCAUUCAUCUGCACCUGUUUGUGCCUGAGGGAAAUAGUUGUUUUAAAAUUCAUUAUUUCAACAGAUAGACAAGUUCCCUGUGUUGUUAUGACUGUUGCUUUUGUUGGGGGAGUAUGUAAUGCAGAGGGCUGAGCAUUCUCAUCUGACUGUAUAUAUGUAUGGAUGUGUGUGUAUAUGUGUUUGUUUUCACCGUAGCCUCUCUACAUUCAAUAUAUAUAAAGGGGUUUAUUAACGAAAUGGAGUCGUUUUUAUUUGUUUUAGAUAAAGGGAUGGAAGACUUAGACUAACAACUAUGCUGAAGUCAUGCUGAGACCUUCCCCCUGAUUGCAGGAAAGCUAGUAUUCAACAAAAACCAUUAAGAUUUAAUAAAAGGGACGAAGAAAGUUUAUUGCCUCAUUAAUGGAUAUAAUGUGUUGUCAUUGAGUGCAGUUAAUAGCCUCUGGAUUUUUUGUAGUACUGCACAUCAUGACUGAUAAAAUCAAUACCGUGUUUAUAUUCUUAGACAAUACACAUUCUUAUGUACCUUCAUACAUUGUUUCAAUGCAAAAAGAACAGAACUUAUGAAAUACUGAAGUUUAGGUUAUGUUCAUAGUUAUAUAACAGUAUUUACAAUACUUAGUAAAAAGCAAAUCCCCAUCCUCAAAAGCUGUGAUUUUGAAAGCAUCAGCACAAAAUCACACAACAUUGUUUGUCUGGUGAGUCAAAAUGAACUCUAGCUAAAUUAAAUAUUCCCUAUACUUUGGAGUUGACUUGGAACCAAGUGUUGAUGCACUCUUAGUUUUAAGGCUCUGUAAAACUGGGGCUUGGGCUCCUUCUGCGUGUCUGGAAGUUAAUGUGUUCCUUGUAGAAACACUGCUGUAAAUAUGUUCUGUUUGGAAUGGUGGCACUUCUCCAUAAUCUGCUGGUGAGCUAUACUGCUGGUUGCCUUGUUGAAUGGAGGAUAGGGAUACAAUGUUGAACUCAUCCAUUUCCCUUCUCCUUUGCUGCUGUAAUCUUCUGCGUUCUUGCCUUUGACGGAUUUCAGAAUUCUCUCUGAGAUACUCUCUGGCACCCUCCUGUUCUAGGGGAGGUGGCGAUGUCUGUGAACCUGCUGGUGGCUCAUCUUGUGGUGCUUUUACAUCCACAUCCACAACCUCAUGUCCUACAGAGUGUUCGUCACUGGAUGAGGAACUUGACUUCUUUACCUUUGACUUCAGGCCAGUCUGUUCUACUGAACUGUCCAUAAGCUCUCCUUUCAUGUUGUCCUUUGAAGUAAACUCAGAGGUCCAUGAUUCUGAUUGGGUCUUUAUUAUUAAUGCAGAACCUUUUUUCAUUGAGGCAGGAGGUGACACCUCAGAUAAUAAACUGGACCAUGUGGUUUCAAAGUCUGUAUUUGUUGUAGGUGUUAAAGCUCUUUUCAUUAAUUUGGUUGGUACAGAAGAUGGUUCACUCUUUGUGAAUGCAAUGUACCUCUUUACCUUUGGGAUUUUAUCAAGAGAUACACCAGUUUCUUGAAAUAAAUUUUUGUCUGAAUUUCCAAUUAUAUUAGCAGAUGGUUUAACAGCUGAAGUGCUCGAUAUCUUUGUUUCUUGAGCUACCCCUGAUAUUCCAACGCUUUCAGCUAAGACAGCAGUUGAUGCCCGAGCAGGAUAUAGACUUUCAAUAGGUGUGAAUUGAAUGUAUCUCUUAACUCUCGGUACUCUGUCAAGAUUUUCAGAUGAAGUGAUCUGUGUCUUUGAUGCUGGUUUUUUUGCAUUAGUAGAUGGUUGUACAUAAUCUUUAACUGAAGUGCUGGAUCCCCUUAAUUCUGUUGCUGUCACCUUUAUGGAUUUAGCAACACUUGAAGAUGGAAGUUUUGACUCUGCAGAGGAAUAAGGUUCAUAUUGUGUGAAUUCAAUGUACCUCUUUACUUUAGGGAUUUUGUCAAAAGAUUCACCUCUUUGUUUAAACACAUCAUCAUUAUGAGUAGAUAGCUCAACAUCAUCAUCAGAUGAAGUAAUUGAUUUCCUUGUUUCUUGAACAACCCCAGAUAUCCCAAGUCUAUUAGCUGAGAGAGCAGUUGUUGUCUGAACAAGAGGUUCACUUACACACUUUGUGAAUUGAAUAUAUCU